CGGCCAAGUUCAACUCCGACGUCCUCUCUCUGCUGGCUCCGUCAAUUCUAGACAACUGCGUUCCUUUACCACUCACUUCUCCUACAAUAAUACAGUUCCCACCUCCACCAACAUAUCCACAUAGAAGAAACAACUUUUGUAUCCAGACAGCACAGCCUCGUCACAGCAACUAGCCUCUGUAUAACCUUCCCGCGGCCGACACCUAAAUCUUUAAAUCCGUCCGCCUUGUCGCGCCUGUUCCAGGUCCACACAGGAUUCGAAUCCCAACAGGCAAUCAUCCUGCGCAAGAUAUGCCCUCCCAACCUGUUUUCCUCCGGUGACCGACGGUCAAUGCGACAGUUCAGCCUUCCUUUACUCCCCGUCUCUCGCACCUGAGAUGCCAUCCGUGGCUGCGGAGCCUCCUCUCUCCGUCCUCUCCAACGGUGCCAACUCCUCCUUUGACGGUCCUCCCCGAAAGUCCCAUGACAAAACCAUCGGCGGCGUCUUCACAUAUACCAACGGACCGGGCGUGGAAACGUCGUCCUUGCCCGAUCACAGACUGGAUCAGCUCAAGAAUUUCAGGAACAACAGCCACAGCUCGUUGGCCAAUGGGCUCCCCAAUGGAACAGCAACAGCCCUCAAGUCUCCCAGGGACCGAUCGCAUUCCAAAGCCGGUAGUACACAUUCAAUAGGCAGUGUUGGCCAGGGGAAAGAUGUCGACAAUGUCUCCAGAUCCAGGACCUCGGCCGAUGGAUUGACCAAACUGUCUAGCGUGGAGAAUGCGACUGAUCAAGACCUGGCCGACGGCGCUGUGGUUUCGGCGCCGGACAAACAAACGCCAGAUCUAGGCCAACUGAAAACGAGCAUUCCCCCCGAGCACGAUUCUUCACACAUGGUCACGGCCUCAACUGUGCCGGAUACAGCGCGGUCGGACGGCCUCGCGCUGACCCCAUAUCUCAGUCGUGGAGGGCCUCCUCCGUCAAUGUCUCGGUAUUCCUCUCCGCCCGCCGCAGCCGGUCAAGAUCGAUUUCCUGAACUGGCGCAGCCCUCGGAAGCGCCCAAAUUGACGCACCGCCAUACAUUGCAAGUACCGAAAUCAAACAUUGCGACCGGGCGAACUUCGCGCGACUUUUCAUUUUCAGCAGGGCCCUCGGAAGAAGCGCUGUCGACCACAGGGCGGUUUUCUCCGACGAGAGAUCAAUAUGAUGUGAACAUACGGCACCGGCGGGCGUCGCUGGGACUGGUUCGCCGGACAACGCGGUCGAUGCAAUCAGACUCACAUUUGAAUGAGGUACCUCCGGACGAAGAUGCGGCGCGCUGGACGGAAUUGAUCAAACAAAAGAGAGCGAGUCGGCGGAAAAAGAGGGAGGAGGAAGACGACGACCGGGUGAUUGUGGGCAAGAAGGUCGAAGAGGGCCACGCCAACUGGGUCACGGCGUACAAUAUGCUGACAGGCAUUCGAUUUACGGUGUCGAGAACCAACGCGAAGAUGGAUCGGGAGUUGACGGACGCCGACUUUGACGCCAAACACAAGUUCAGUUUCGAUAUUACCGGAAAUGAACUGACCCCGAGCGCAAAGUACGACUUCAAGUUCAAGGACUACGCACCCUGGGUUUUCCGGCAUCUCAGGGCAACCUUUGGUCUCGAUCCAGCCGACUAUCUGGUCAGUCUGACUAGCAAAUACAUCUUGUCGGAACUGGGCAGUCCUGGAAAGUCGGGCUCGUUUUUUUAUUUUUCCCGCGACUACAAAUACAUCAUCAAAACCAUCCAUCACGCCGAGCAUAAGCUUCUGAGAAAGAUUUUGAGGGACUACUACCGCCAUGUGCUGGACAAUCCCAACACGCUGAUCAGCCAGUUUUAUGGGUUGCAUCGGGUCAAGAUCCCGUACGGUCGGAAAAUCCACUUUGUCGUCAUGAACAACUUGUUCCCACCACAUCGGGAUAUCCAUCAGAUGUUCGACCUCAAGGGUUCAACGAUCGGCCGAGACUUCAGGGAGGAAGACCUGGCGAAGAACCCGAGGGCCACGCUGAAGGAUCUCAAUUGGUUGCGUCGAGGCUUGCACCUGGAGUUUGACGCUCGGACGCGGCAAAUCUUUCUCGAUCAGCUAAGGAGAGAUGUCGCGCUUCUGCAGCGACUUCAGAUCAUGGACUAUUCGUUGCUUGUGGGAAUUCAUGACUUGGGCAAGGGCAACGAGGAGAAUUUGAGAGAAACGACCCUUCAGGUCUUUCAGCCGGGCGGAGAAAGAGACCAGGACGAACACAGCACGGCUCUGUUGACGAGAACGCCCUCCCGGUUGGAAAGCGCCAGGAAAGCGCGCGAGUUGCGAUUGACGCUGAAGAAAGAAAAGCCCGUGCCUAUGGGCCAGGCUAGCACCAAGAUGCCGUCCGAGCUGGCUUCUGGGGAUGAGAGGCGUGACCGCAUAUUUUAUAGUUAUGAUGGUGGCAUCAGGGCGACACAUGAGGAUGGCUCGGGUGGCGAUAAGGUGUAUUACCUGGGCGUAAUCGACUGCUUGACACAUUAUGGCUUUAUCAAAAGGGUCGAACAUUUCUGGAAAGGUCUCUCGGCACCAAGGACCCAGAUUUCCCCGGUUCCACCUCAGGCAUACGGAGAACGGUUCUUGAAUUUCAUUACCGGAAUUACAAUGACCCAGGAAGAGGCCGAGCGUCGAAGGACACUGGAGAGUUGUCGUACGGGGGAGCGGCCACAGACGGGAGCGUCCGUCGAGAAUGUGGGUCAUAACGUCUUGGCCGGAAGUCAACAGGACGGUAGCGGGGAGAAAUUUCCACCGCUGAGUCCGGCGGUGGAGAAGACGAUGCGCAAGGCUCUGAAACAGGCCGAUAAAGCCAUGCCGAUGGAAAAGGGGCGCCGGAAAAGUGAGGAAGAAAAACCUGAGCGGAUAUUAAGGACCGUGGAGGAACCAAAGAGUUCGGCUUUGUUGCCGGUUGUGUCGGAAGCUGGGGAGAAUGGAGAGUCGAGCGAGAAGCGGAUGUCGGGAUACUCUGCGGAGGAGCAUGGCAAGGCACCAGUAACAACAGCGGCAACAACAGAGUAUCCGAUGAUCCCGGGAUUGCGGAAAGUCUCGCCGUCCACGGUCGGGACUGCGACUGAUAUGCAAGAUCACGAUCACGAUCAAGAGCAGGAACGGGAACAGCAGCCCGAGCACGAGCAAGACGGUAGGGCCUACGUGUCGAAUCCGCACAGGGAGGACCAGCCUUCAUUGUCCCCGUGGCAGCAAGUCGAUGGGGACCCGAGGGUGCCGUCACAAAGUCGCAGCUACACCAAUGAUGAGGAGGCGGCAGACGAUCUAGAGCCUGAACUGGAAUCGACAGGGGGAAAGCAGCAGCAUGAGUAUGUCGCGAAAAGAGAAAAGCCGCCUCGGCUGGCCAGCGAUCUCAUCCAACCGCAGUCGCCGUUGUCUGAAACGCUGAUGAAGUCUUUGGAUGAGUAUGCGGCUGAGCAUCGGCAUGAGCAUGAGCAAAAGCGCUGAACGUCGAGUGCCAGUGUUGAGCAUAAGCAUGAGCUACUAGGAGUGCUCCAGUGGAUGGGCGCGAAAUAAUGGAAAAGCCGUUGGCGUCUGCAUUGCUCACUCACUCACUCACGCGCACCCUUUCUUCGCCAAAGGCUCUGGCAGGGGAACUGUCGCCUGGGCACCCGGGCCAGAUGCAUCUGGAUAUUCUCCCAACCCACUGGCACUGCCCUGGCAGAUGAAAUAUUCGUACCCUUAUUCAGUUCUCGGUUUCUGUCGACUGUCGGUUGUCGACUGUUGACCGUUUUUAUGUACUAAGAUUAUCUUGUCUACUAGUACCUCAGGUACCUUAGGUUUGGGUCCACGGUCGUCGGGUCAUGCCUGUUGGGUCACGGUUCGUUGUUGUCAUUGGUUUGGGGGUGGAGGUACUGCUCAGGUACCUUGUUAUUGAAUACUAAGGUAUGCAUUCAGCGGAAUCAUGGCGGAAAGACCUUUUGCUUAUGCUAUGCUAUGUAAACAUCCCAGUUCGACUCAUUAAUGCAGUCGGAUGAGUGUUGAAGCCAGAAGCCGCCAAAGACCACUUCAGAGGGUCCUUGCUGUAUCUGUGCCUGGCCGUAGGGCUGCAGGGUCCAGUACUAUGCCAAUGGCUCUACUACUACUGUAGUAGGUGAAUGGGGUUUAAUAAGGUUAUGAUUAGCUUGGUCACCGUAUAAUUAAGCAUGCUCACCUC